AAGCUUCCCCGUAGGUACUCGUGCAAUACUGUUCCCCCGCAGGCGGCCAAACCCGCACAGUUCGGUUCCGUCCCUAAAGGGUUGUUGGCCGGAAUUUGUCGGGGAAGAGGCGCCCUCCAAACUGCGUGUGGUGGCGUUGACUCAGCCUUCCCUCUGCAUCUGUGGCUCCAGCCAAGUCAGAUGGAGAAUUCGGACGACAGGACCGAGGUGGUGCUCCUGGCCUGCGGGUCCUUCAACCCCAUCACCAACAUGCACCUCCGACUCUUCGAACUGGCAAGAGAUCACCUGCACGAAACAGGGAGAUACAAAGUGGUGAAAGGGAUUAUUUCACCUGUGGGCGACGCAUACAAGAAGAAAGGCCUCAUCAGCGCAAGGCACCGGGUGACUAUGGCGAGGCUCGCGACGGAGAGCUCUGACUGGGUGGAAGUGGAUGACUGGGAGAGCAACCAAAAGGAGUGGCAAGAGACCAUCAAAGUCCUCAGGUAUCACCAGCAGAAGCUAAAACGUUCGUGUCUCACUAACAGCUUUGAUGAAGUAGCUCCUUUGAACAAAACGGGGCGGAAGAGAAAACGGGAAUCGGGCAGGCAAGUCCCCGUCAGCCGGAAUCAACCCCAAACAAAAGGUGUCCCCCCUCAGCUGAAGUUGCUCUGUGGGACAGACAUCUUGGAGUCCUUUGCAGUCCCCAACCUCUGGAAAGCAGAAGACAUCGCGGAAAUUGUGGCCAACCACGGCAUGGUGUGCAUUAGCAGGGUGGGGAAUGACGCCCAGAAAUUCAUCUACGAAUCCGAGGUGCUGUGGAAGCACAAGGAGAGCAUUCACGUAGUGCAGGAAUGGAUUGCCAACGACAUCUCUGCCACCAAGAUCCGGAGAGCCUUGCGGAGGGGCCAGAGCAUCCGAUACCUGGUGCCAGACGCAGUUCGAGCUUACAUCAAGCAGCACGACCUGUACACUGCAGAGAGCGAAGAUCAGAAUUCAGGAGUCAUCCUCGCUCCGUUUCAGAGAUACACGAGGGAGGCCAAAAAUAACUUCUCAGUGAUGCUCCUUGUAGAACACAACAGCAAGGAGGAUGAAGGCAACAUUGGAGUUUGCUUGUCUACUUCAGCCAUGCCUGCUGAUUUCAAUGGCACCUGGAACCUUGUCAGCAGUGAGAACUUUGAAGGCUACAUGGUGGCCUUAGGUAUCGAUUUUGCCACCCGCAAGAUAGCCAAAAUGCUGAAGCCUCAGAAGGUCUUCAAACAAGAUGGGGACUCAUUUUCCAUCAACUCAACCAGCACUUUCCGCAGCUAUUUAGUCGAGUUCAGGAUUGGGGAGGAGUUUGAAGAAGACAACAAAGGCUUGGACAAUAGAAAAUGCAAGAGUGUGGUUAACUGGGACGGCGACAAGAUUGUUUGUGUCCAGACUGGAGAGAAGAAGAACAGAGGCUGGACCCACUGGAUUGAAGGAGAUUACCUGUACCUGGAACUCCGAUGUGAAGACCAAGUAAGCAGGCAGGUUUUCAAGCGAGCGUGAAGUUGAUUCCUGCGAUAUCCCCCAAAUGACAACAGCGCAGAGAACCACGUACAGGAGCGUUUAUGCAUAGCGGCACUUCAGACAUGGAGUGCUAACUGAAAAGGCAGCUUUACAGGUCAAACCUUCUUCCUCCACCCCUGGUGCUCUUUUUGUAAAAGCAUUCCAACCUGAUCCUUUGGAACAAACGUAACUGUUAACCUGCACUUACUACGUAACUUCAUUAAAAAAAAAAGAUGA